GCGCUGUCAGUCGCUCUUUGACGUUUUGACUUGCAAAAAUUGCGUGAUUUUCAAAGUGAAAAUUCUGUGUGAAAAACCAGUGAAAAUCACCUAAUUUUCUAAUGUCCAGGCAGCUAAUAUAGCAAUAAUGCGAGUUACGAUCAAAAGCUGGACGGGUGUUGCUACAUGGCGAUGGAUAGCCAAUGAUGAUAACUGUGGCAUCUGCCGGAUGGCCUUUGAGAAUUGCUGCCCAGAGUGUCUGAAUCCCGGAGAUGACUGUCCACUUGUCUGGGGCGCCUGCUCGCACUGCUUCCACAUGCACUGCAUCGUCAAGUGGCUAAAUUCCCAGCCCAUCACUCAGCAGUGUCCCAUGUGUCGUCAGAGCUGGAAAUUCAAUGAGAAGUAGAGAGACAUUGUUCCACUGGCCAGCUCCUGCAUUUAUCUCAAUCCCACCCCCAAGUUUUCCCCCCUUUGAGUGUUCAGUGUGAAAAAGACUAUUCUGAUCAAAGUGUUUUAGUGACAAUCUCUGUGUGAAAAGUGACCAGGAAUCGGCCUAAGAAUCAACAACGAAUCAGAAGAAAAGGUGAGUCAAUUCCUCUUAAAUUUAUUUUGAACCAUUAAUAGGGGAAGCCGGGGUUUAAUCAGACAGAAAUGUUCAUCAGUCUGAUUUAAAUUAAUUUGCUUGUUUAUUCUGUCUCGGUUUACUCUUAACUGAAAUUACUUCAUGAAAUCUCCAGUUACAAGGAAACCUUUAAGUUCUUUAGACGGAUGAUUAGCUUUCAAUACUUAAAUAGCGUCCAGAACGUUUGGGAGAUUUCUAAUUAGUCGGGUUUUAUUGGGAACUUAUCUCUAUGCACCUUUGCCAAAGAUCAAGUUCCUCAAAUUGUCAGCCGAGAGCUCUGGAAAAAUUUGAUGAGUUUUCCCUUAAUUAAAUUGUUCCCCGAUGAUUUCCGGAAUUUUUAUAAAUUAAAUAUACUUUACCGGUUUAUCUUUGCAAUAAAUAAUUUAAAUAAUAAAAUAAAUAAACAUUAAAUAUAUAAUAGAUCAGUAUAUUAAAGAGAUGGCAAAGCGUCCCAGCUUUGCGGAAGCUUUUGGUAUUACUGAUCUACUGGAGAUCAAAUUGAUCCAUAAAUCACAAAAGCAUUUGAAAAUCAAAAAAUCGGUACUUAACCGGUUCAUUACCGAUUAGGACCGGUGCAGUCGGGUUCGAAAUUGCAAUACUUUUCCAAAAAAA